GCGCCAUUUUGAGAAGUCAGCGAGAGUUGUGGGAAUAUUUGUAAAUUAGCUAGCUAACUUUGUGUGCGCCGUUGUCGAUUGAUUCAGAUAUAGAUAGCUUGAUAUUUAUACAACAGACAUUUGUUAUAUAACGUUAAACGACUUUUCUAAAGUUAGCUUGCUAGUUUACUAGUAAUCUUCGGAUGUCGGGGGAUAAUAUGUCGGGAGGCGGGAGCGUGGUUCGUGGGCCAGCGGGAAACAACGACUGUCGGAUCUACGUCGGUAACCUGCCGCCUGAUAUCCGAACUAAAGACGUGGAGGAUGUGUUCUAUAAGUACGGAGCGAUCCGGGAUAUCGACCUGAAGAACCGGAGAGGAGGACCGCCGUUCGCUUUCGUGGAAUUCGAGGACCCCAGGGAUGCUGAUGAUGCGGUGCACGGUCGUGAUGGUUAUGACUACGAUGGUUACCGUCUCCGGGUGGAGUUCCCCCGUAGUGGCCGGGGCGGGGGGAGAGGGGGGGGCGGUGGGGGGAGAGGGGGGGGCGACGGCGGAGGUCCCAGAGGAAGAUAUGGACCUCCAUCACGACGCUCUGAGUACCGGGUCAUCGUCUCCGGUCUCCCCUCUAGUGGUAGCUGGCAGGACCUAAAGGACCAUAUGCGCGAGGCAGGCGACGUGUGUUACGCUGACGUGUUCCGGGACGGUACCGGCGUGGUGGAGUUCGUACGCAAGGAGGACAUGACCUACGCUGUCCGCAAGCUGGACAACACCAAGUUCCGCUCCCACGAGGGAGAGACGGCGUACGUGCGUGUGAAGGUGGACGGACCUCGCAGCCCUAGUUACGGACGCUCCCGCUCUCGUAGCCGUAGCAACGGGCGUAGCAACAGCCACUCACGCAGCUUCUCACCGCCGCGACGCAGCAGGCCCUCUCCACGCUACUCGCCACGACACUCACGCUCAUGCUCCCGCACCUAGACACACCUCCUGGACCCCCUGCCCCGCCCAGCGGACCCCAGCCCCGGGAGAUCGAUGUGAGAUCAUCAGACAGACUCCCUCCGGUGGACCUUCUAAUGCGUUACAUCAUUCUGCUGUUCCUCUUGACUCGUCUUCCUCUUCUUGUUCUUCUUUCCCUCCCUCUGUUCUUUCAUCCUCCUGUUUUUGGUUCAGUUUGCAUCAGUUUGU